UGGAUUGUUGCAGCCCCAGACAGGGCGGCCCGUUACCAAGCACUGCACCGCGCAGGGUCUGACAACGACGACAGCAACGGGCACUGACAUAAGGACUACUGCCAGCGUGAUAACAACACAAACACACCUGAAUAUAGUAGGGGAUGGCAGUGAAUGUGUACGCCACAUCGGUGUCCAUUGACAACCUCAGCCGACAUGACAUGCUGGCAUGGGUCAAUGAUUCGUUACACCUCACCUACACUAAGAUCGAACAGCUCUGUUCAGGAGCGGCGUAUUGCCAAUUCAUGGACAUGUUGUUUCCAGGUUGUAUCCUUCUGAAGAAGGUCAAAUUUCAAGCCAAGCUGGAGCAUGAAUUCAUACACAACUUCAAAGUUCUACAGGCAGCUUUUAAAAGGAUGAGUGUUGACAAAAUAAUUCCUGUAGAAAAGCUUGUAAAAGGGAAGUUCCAGGACAACUUUGAAUUCGUGCAGUGGUUCAAGAAGUUCUUUGACGCCAACUAUGACGGGAAGGAGUAUGACCCUUUACUAUCCAGACAGGGGCAGGACGUGGCCCCUGCCCCCAACCCAGGACCACAGAGGACGUCUCCAACAGUUCCCAAAAACAUGCCAACACCGCAGCGAGUCCAACACAAUGUUCCAGCCUUGAGGAAGAAUCCGUCUUUGUCUAGAAACGGAGGCAGCGAUGCUGAGAUCAUGGAGCUAAAUCAACAGUUGAUGGAGUUGAAGUUGACUGUGGACGGUCUAGAGAAGGAGAGAGACUUCUACUUCAGCAAACUACGGGACAUUGAGCUGAUCUGCCAGGAGCACGAGAGUGAAAACAACCCCAUCCUCAGCAAGAUAAUCGACAUUCUCUACGCCACAGAGGAUGGCUUUGCACCACCAGAGGAUGAAGACCUCGAUGAACAGGCUCACCUGGACCAGGAUGAAUACUGAGCCCUUCAUUUCCCUCCCCCCCUUACAUCUCCAUCUUCCCUUUUAUUUUUGCCCUCAUUUGUUUUUUCUACUCUCUCUGCACGCUCUCUAUAAAUACUCACCAUUAUCCCUGCUCUCUGUCCGUCUUUUCUUUUCUUUCCCAUAUGUAUAUCUGUUAGCAUCCUCCCCCCAUUCACCCUCUGGUCGUCUACACACGAUACACAACUACUCUGCAUCAUCAUCAUCUGCUGCUCCUCCUCCCUGCCUCCACUUACACAGUAACAAUAACAGUAAUGUACAACAUAUCCCAGUUAUUUCAGCAUGAGAAACGCAGAAAAUCGAGCCGAGCCUGGCAUGGAGGUUGUUAUGGCAAACAGUGAAUUUUAAGUCUGUAAAUAUUGCCGACAUUGUGAUUUCUGAAAGAACGAUGUCUUCGCUCAUUAAGGAGUUAUUUAUUUGCCUUUGGUGCGCUGUGAUACUUAUACUAGAGCACAGAACAACUCUGCUCUGAUGUGCCAUCAGGACACUCCCAGGGCUACUAAAAACUGUAACAGAAAUGACUUUUUAAUAACAAUUUCUUAUUUAUUUAACUUAUAUUUAAUUUAGAUUAACUUUCUGUAGCAAAAUUGGUGCAAAACCUACUGUAAAUGAAUCGAAAGCUGAGGCCAUGUGUGUAAUUUCAGUUAUGAUUUGUGCUUGAGUCAGCAUCAAGCUUUUAGUUUAUGUAUUAUGGUGGGUUCAUGGCAUGUAGAAACGCUGAAGGAAAUUCUUUGGUGUAAUGACUCAAGGCGUAUGAUCAGUGCUCUGCGAUUAUUCAAUAUUGAUCAGCAACAUAUCUGAGCAUGAGAAUGUUACACAUUGACUGUGAAUGAGUGAUAUUUUGUAUAUGUAUUUUGUGUGGAGAUUUUGUCUGAUGUCGCACGAUCCUGGUUAAUUGCCGUUGUAUCUUUUAGGCCGACAUGCAGAAGCCUAUGAGUUUGAAAUUUAGAGGUGGAAAGCCACCUGCAGACUGAUAACAUGGUUAUAGAUUGUAGCAGUUCUAAUGUUUUAUUCUAAAUUAUAAGGGAGUUUGAUGCUAAAUUAAUACAGAUGCAUUUGACUGGUUUUCCUGCUAAUCAUACUGUGUCUAAACUUUUAAUUUGCUGUUAAGGGUUGCCCAGGGUAUAUGAGUUUGAAAGAAAGUCAGUAUUAAGAAAUCUAUGACCAGUUGACUGGUCAUCAUAAACAUCCAGUUAAACAAAGGAAGUCUCCUUGUCCUUCCCCAGCUUUUUUUACUUGCAAACUGGCUGUCGUCUGCUCUGGAACUUGCAUUCAUUGACCAUGUAAACAUCUACAGAACACUCAUCUUUUGAGUUUUGAAUAAAUAAACAGUUGUGAAAUAAA